CAUGAGAUGCAAAACAAAUUUAGCUCCAUCCUGCGAAAUAGAUCCAAUAUAAAAUAAUGCUCUUCUAUAUCAAUUCGAAAUAAAUAUUUUAUUGCAGCAGCAAAGAUGCCUGUAUAUCCAGUCAAAGAAUGUGAAGCAGCUCUAGUUCCUAGAGUUAAAACAAUAAGUAUUUAAUCAAUUGCACUUAAAUACGACGCAUAAUUAAAUGAUUAUGGCAAAAUCCUAUCUGAUGAUGAUUGUGCCUCUUGAUAAGUUUAAAAAUAGUACCAAAUUUCUAACAGGUUAGCAUCCAAGUGAAGUCAUCCAUUCUCCAAUGGAGAGCAAUACUAAAUUGCUCAACUAACCCAUAAUACAACUAACCUAUAAGUAAAUUUCUUAAUAAUAAUGUCUUCCUUAACUAAGGUUUAGAUGCUUCUACAGUAUAUUUAUUAUAGGUAUAAGUAUAAAUAAAUAGAAUCUAUUGAUCUGA